AUGAGACGAAUCAUCUCUCUCCUCGUGGUGGGGUGUUGUUGUCUCGUCGUGGGUGUGGCUGCAGGGAGCAGUUCGCCCUCCUCCGCGGCCUCCUUCGUCUACUCAGCGGGGAGAGGGAAGGCUGGAAAGCAGUUGUCGGGUGGCAGUGUCUCGUCGCCAUUAGUGUCGUCAGUCGGCGGAGGAAAUGGCGGUGGGGUGGCGAGCAGUAAUUCCUUUCAGACGGCGUACGUAGAGCCGAGAGGGGAUUACGGAGGGAGUGGGAGUGGUUGGGGGGGAGGUGGUGGUGGUGGGGGCGGUGGGGGAGGGGGUGUCUACCAUUACGCGAUACAGCCACAUGGUGGGGGUGGUGGUGGGGGCGGCGGAGGCUGGGGUCCAGCACCGAUUUAUUACCAGGAGGAUGAAGGCGGGAUAGAGAAGGGUCUCCUGGGAUUACUAGGAUUGACCGGGUUGGGUGGACUUAAGGGUCUCUUGGGGUUGGCGGCCUUGUUAAAACUGCUCCUCCCCCUUCUCCUCUUGUUCAUCCCCCUUCUUCUCCCCCUUCUGUUGGCGAAGGCCGCGUUAUUGUUCGCGUUACUGCUUUUAAUUCCAAUUCCAGUAAUCACGCCGGGUCGAAGCAUCAAUAGCAAAGAGAAUAAUGAAGUCACGGCCAAAUCCAUGCUUCAGGACACGCUGGGUGACCUCAUGACUAAAAUCCCGACCGAUUUGAGUCACAUAAUCGGCAAGAUUAAGGACUCUGAAUGGUUCCGGGGUGCAUUUUCGGCAAUGUCGAAGAAGGAAAAAAAGUCCAUGAGGGAUAAGGAUGUCGUCAGGGCGUCAGAAUUGGCGACGAAUUCGAUCACUUCGUCUUCAUCGAGUACGAGUAAUGCUGCCAACAAUGCUAACUCUCUCUCCACCACUGCCAACAGUUAGUUAAGAGUGGAAUUAUUCUCAAUUUUUUUUUAAUUUUCGAAAAAUUAGAAGAAUUUCAUAUCGAAAAUAUUUCCUAUUUAUUUUUUCAAUAAUUUUUUUUUACCAAACUUUUUAUCACAAAGCAGAAAAAAAUUACAAAAAGAGAGACACGUUUUAACACAAUUUUAAAUACGACUUUUACUCCAAUAUGAUACGAAAAACUGACAAUUUUUAUGUACAACACAAUCCAAAGAAAAAAAAUACGACAAAUCGACAAAUUUUUUAACUUUACUGACUUUCAACUAAAUGUAAAUGACGAUAAAUGACGAGCUUUUUUAUAGUUUUGACUUGUGGUGCAAGGUGAGAAAAUUGGUUAAAGUUACUUUUUAAUUGUACAUUUUACCAUAAAUAACUCGACGGACUAACUUUAAUUACGAUUUUUUGGGGAAUUUGAGAUUUCAACUUGACUCUUAGGAUUAGACUCGGACUAAUACUGGUAUUAUAGUAUAUUUAUUUACAUAAAUACGUAUUAUUAUGACGAAGAAUUUAGGAAGACUACACAAAUUAAACUAUUUAUGAUGAUGAUAAUGGACUUUAUGAUGCACAUAUACAC